ACAUCACCGACUACCCAAGACCGAAGAUCUCUUUUCGAAAAAGGAGAGGAUAUUUUCAAAAUAAAAAAAAGAAGUCAGAAACGGACACCUGAAACGAUUCGACCAUAAAAUAAAGUAAUUUUAAUAUUUUAUCUGGGAGUUGGUGGAUACCCUGGACCAUAUUUCUACAUCAUAGCGGAGGUACAUUAUGACCAUGUUAAUUCUACUGUGUGCAUGUUUGCGUGUUAUCACUGCAACAAUGUCCUUUGAGGACCCAUCUGGCACAGACCCUGAGAGCACUCUGAGCGUCAGCAUCCCCAUAGAACUCCCACUGCGCCCCCUGCUGGGCGGAUCACUGGUGGUGCCCUGCUAUUUCCUGGACCACACCAUCCACGACCCUGGCGCCCCCACAAUUGCACCCCUGUCUCAUCGUAUCAAGUGGAGCCACAUCACAAAGGACAAGGUUUCCAUCAUCAUGGUGGCCACUGAAGGCAGAGUAAAGGUUGAAUCUGAGUACUUGGACAGAGUUACCAUGGUGAAUUACCCCAUGGUGCCCACCGACGUCAGCAUGGAGAUCACCGAGCUGCGCUCCAACGACUCCGGCACCUACCAUUGCGAGGUCAUGCAUGGCAUUGAGGACAGCUUUGACACUGUGGAGAUCCAGGUUCAAGGCAUUGUGUUCCACUACCGUGCCAUCUCCACCCGCUACACCCUCACGUUUGAGAAAGCCAAAGCCGCCUGCAUUCAGAACAGCGCAGUGAUCGCCACUCCAGCACAGCUGCAGGCUGCUUAUGAUAACGGCUUCCACCAGUGUGACGCCGGCUGGCUGGCCGACCAGACUGUCAGGUAUCCCAUUCAUGAUCCACGAGAGGGUUGCUAUGGCGAUAAGGAUGAGUUCCCUGGCGUGCGAACCUAUGGAGUGAGAGACGUCACUGAGACUUAUGAUGUGUAUUGUUUUGCUGAAGAGAUGGCAGGCAAGGUUUUCUAUUCCAUGUCACCGGACAAGUUCACCUUUGCUGAGGCAGAGAAGCAGUGCCAAAAGCUGGGAGCCCAGCUGGCUACCACGGGGCAGCUGUACCUGGCCUGGAAGGUGGGCAUGGAUGUGUGCAAUGCAGGCUGGCUGGCAGACCAGAGUGUUCGCUACCCCAUCAACAUCGCCCGGCCCCAGUGUGGAGGUGGACUUCUAGGCGUGCGCACGGUGUAUCUCUUCCCAAAUCAAACAGGCUACCCCCACCCAGACUCCCGCUACGAUGCGAUUUGCUACCAAGAUGUCUUUACCUUGACCACAGCAGCCACAGGUCUGCGGACGACAACCCCAGAUUUUGACACCGGCGUAGUGACCGUGGCCACUUUCACUGAGGUCCAAGAGAUCAUCUGGAAGACCUCCAGAGAGAGUGAAGCAGCAGGAGAGGUGGUGACACAGGGGCCAGCGAAUGUCACUGCCCUGGAAGGCAUGGAACUACCCCUGAUCCCACCUCCUAGCAUCACAGAGGACUACCUGAACUUCACAGAGGAGAGCAUUGUAAUGGCAACUGCCCAGCCAGGGGUGGAGUCAGAGUUUCCCCAUGAAAACUACACUGAGCCUGAAGUGUCUUCUACGGGGAUGGUCUUUCACUACCGUGCAAGCUCCAGCCGCUACGCAUUCACCUUCGUGGAAGCUCAGCUGGCCUGUCGCAGCAUCGGUACCAUCAUCGCCAGCCCUAAGCAGCUUCAGGCUGCCUUCGAAGCGGGCUUCCACCAGUGUGAUGCUGGCUGGCUCCUUGACCAGACCGUUCGGUACCCGAUUGUGUCUCCACGAGACAAAUGCUCAGGGGAUCUGGAGCACUUACCUGGUGUGAGAAGCUAUGGCCUGCGCCCAGCAGAUGAACGCUAUGACGUGUACUGCUACAUCGAUGGACUGUUGGGGGAGCUUUUCCAUGUAACUUCAACUGAGGGCUUCACAUAUGAUGAGGCCCUGGCCUACUGCCAGGGAGAAAAUGCCACUCUGGCAUCUACUGGUGAGCUGUACGCUGCCUGGAAGCAGGGACUUGACAAGUGUCGGGCAGGCUGGCUGAGUGACCUGAGUGUCAGAUACCCCAUUAACAACCCCAGGCCGCAGUGUGGUGCUGGCAGAGCUGGAGUUUAUACCGUUUAUCGCUUCCCCAACCAGACUGGCUACCCCGAACUGUACUCCAAGUAUGAUGCCUACUGCUUCCGAGCUGAUCUGUCAGCCUUUCUCAAUAAGACUGGACUGAACAUUACAGUGGACAAGGUGCCGGAUCUGCUGAGACCUGUCAGUCCAUCUGUCGCACCUCCCAUCCACGUGGAUCUGUCAGGCUCUGGUUCGGCCUCCGGGGCCAGUGGCUUCUCCGGAGACAUCUCUGGGAGUGGAAGCGCAGGGCUGCCCAGUGGAGAAUCCGGUGAAGGAUCUGGUAUCAAUGUGACCCUUCAGGGAAGUGGAAUGAUUUUAUCCGGGGAUGGGUCAGCGUCUGGGACUCCAGAGGAAGCUGGGGAGGGAAGUGCGGGUGUCAUUACCUUUCCCUCCGGGAUGGGAUCAGGGGACUUCAGCGGAUUCCACUCCGGCAUCAGCGGGGACCUGUCUGGAUCGGGCAGUGCCUCCGGAUUGGGCUCUGAGGAAAGUGGGGAAGUCUCUGGGUUGUUCAGUGGGUCAGGCCUCGGCAAGGAAUUCUCUGGAUACAGUGGAUUCCCAUCCGGACUCAUUCCUUCGGGUGACAUCAGCGGCACAUCAGGGGAUGUUUCUGGCAGUGGUAUUUCUGUGAUUACCCUGGUAGAUGGCGACAUGGUUGAAGUGUCCACUUCACGGAUGCCAACAGAGCAGGAGCAAGGAGGCAUACGUCCAGAGCUCAGUGGCUCUGGGGACAUUUCUGGAUCCGGGGUGAGCGGAUUUCCCAGUGGUGACAUUAGUGGCUCUUCUGCAGUAGGAAGUGGUUCUGGAUUCCCUGAGGUUACCUUUGUUGACCCUGACUUCAUUGAUCUGACAAAGAGACCCACAGGGGAACAGGAGGCCUCUGGGCUUGGGUCUGGAGUGGGAAGUGGAUACCACUCCGGGGUAUUCUGUCCCCCGUCUGGGGACAUUUCAGGGGACUCUGCCAGUGGGGACAUCACUUUCCUGACAGAAGAAGGGAUGAUUGAAGUCACCAUUCGGCCAAUGGAGGGCAAAGAGCUUGGUAAGGGGCCAGUGGAAUUCAGUGCAGAUGGCAGCGGACUGGAAUUUCCUUCUGGUCAUGAGGAUCAGCUUGGAUCCUCAAGUGGGAUCACCUCAGGAGUCCACUCCAGCGAAAUGCCCCAUGUAGUCUUAACCUCUGGAACUGAAGAUCAGGAGUUCAUAAAUACAACAGAGCGGCCCGAGGAGGCUCUCUCUGAGCUGGCGGAGUCCAUGGAGAUUUAUUUUACCUCUACAGUGUCAGCUCCUGUCACCACUGCCCCAGCUUUCUCUCUGCAGACACCACCUGUUAUGGAGGAGCCUCUGUCAGUAGAGGCUUCACUUAACCCAUGUGACCCAAACCCAUGUGGUGCCGGCUCAUGUACAGUUCUAGAUGGAAUUGGGUUGUGCCACUGCCCACCUGGUGUGAGUGGAGUGGAGUGUGAGCAGGAGGUUGACGUGUGCAACUCGAACCCCUGUACCAAUGGAGCUACCUGCAUUGAUGGCACGGACUCUUACAAAUGCUUAUGCCUGCCCAGCUAUGGAGGGUACCGCUGUGAGAUCGAUGUGCAGAGCUGCGAGGAAGGAUGGAUAAAGUUCCAGGGAAACUGCUACCUGCACUUCUCCGAGCGCGAGACCUGGCUGGAUGCUGAGCAGCGCUGCCGAGAGCUGAACUCCCACCUGGUCAGCAUUGUCACCCCGGAGGAGCAGGGCUUCGUCAACUCCAAUGCACAAGACUACCAGUGGAUUGGGCUCAAUGACAAGACAGUGGAGAAUGACUUUCGCUGGACCGAUGGAACCCCCUUGCAAUAUGAGAACUGGAGGCCAAAUCAGCCGGAUAACUACUUCAACUCUGGAGAGGACUGUGUGGUAAUGAUCUGGCAUGAGAACGGUCAGUGGAAUGACGUGCCUUGCAACUACCACCUGCCCUUCACCUGCAAGACUGGGCCUGUCUUAUGUGGCCCCCCUCCUGAAGUGGAAAAUGCCAGGAUGUUUGGGAAUAGAAGAGACCGCUACCAAGUGAACUCCAUAAUCCGCUACCAGUGUAACCCUGGGUUCACACAGCGCCACCUGCCUGUGGUGCGAUGCAUGGUGGAUGGACAGUGGGAGAGACCGAGAGUGGAGUGUAUAGGCUCUGCCACAGCCAGCCACAGUCUACAGAAAAGAUCCAUCAAAAGACGAUCAAAAACAGCCAGCAGCAGAUCUUGGGGAAAACUUCGUUAAACAAGAACACAGGGAUUUGAAAGAGAUUUUAAAAGAUAAUUAUUUUAAAAGAACACUUAUAUUCAAAAAGUCAUUCUUCCAUCUAAAAAACUGAUUAUAAAGUAAAAUUUGCCAUCUUGUAUAUACAAACACCAAAGCAAGUUUAGACAUAAUUGUGUUGUCCAUCUGGCUGAUGCAUUGGUUCUGGAGUGUCACUCUGUGCCUUGCUUUAGGGGGAUAAAGCAAAUUAAGAUUUUAUUUUGUUGUUGUUUUUCUUGUGCCAGACACACUGAAAUAUUUGAAUUAUUAUAUUAUUUUCUUUAUUAUUAUUUGGAGGACAGUCUGUAGAGUUAGGAAGUGGUACUAAAGUGAGACUGCCCCCUCAGUCAGCCAUAUUAAAUCACAAUCCCAUGUUAAAGACCUAAACAGUAGCAUUAUUCAGGAAUUAUAGCUGAGCUUCCCAGACAUUCACAAACCUGGAUCGUGUACACCAUCCAGAUGUAAAUAUUUCACCUAGACCAGCUCCUAUUCUGCGGUGGACUGGUACUGCACUGUGAACUGAAGUAGCCUCCCAGGUCUAGACAGAUUACAGAAACUGUAGCAUGAAAUAAAUAGCAUGUGGAAAUUGUUGUAAACCACAAGUAGACUGAGCAUUAAACAGCAGGGGAGAAACAGUACACGUAAAUAAAAAAGAAUAAAAAAAAUAGUAAUUCUGUAAGUAUCAUCUGAGGUCCAAGAACAAUUGUUGGAAGUGAUUAACAUGAUUCAGCAGCACAAUCUGGCAGUGGCGAGAACUUGCAAUGUAAGGCAUAAUGCAUUUAUUAAGAUUAUGUGAAUGAAGAAAGAUCCUUUGUAAAAAAUAUAUGUGUAAGUAAGAAGUUUAGGGGGCAAUAGGGGAAUCUGGGGUAUUUAGUCUCAGUCCCGGAGAGAUGUACGAGGCACAAAGCACACAGGGGUUGACAUCCUCCUGACUUAUCUUGGUAUUUUCUGGAGAAGGGGAGGUCUGCAUAAUGUGAAUAUAUAUUAUUUAUUGAUAUCUCAUUGUGCUGGGAUCAGACUGGCACUUGGACUGGCAGUGCCCUGCAAUUGGUUGAGCCUGACACACUCUGCCAUAGGGGGAGAGAUUGACUCAGAUUCUCCCUCAGCUACUGGAGUGACACUGAAUGUGACAGUAUUAGGAACAAACAGGGCAUUUGUGGCUACAACAGGAUCAUUGGUUUAAUGUACAUUUUCAGUUUUUUUGAUGAAAAUAUUUUCUUUUUGUUAUUUGUUUUAUUUUUUUUGCCAGCUUCUCCCCCCAGGGUUGUGCAGUGCACAGUACUUCUGUGGGGCCAGCGUAACCAAGAACAACCUGCUUACAGCAACUGCUUUCUCCCUGUUUAUGCUCUCUUCCUCACACUUAGUCUAAGGCACUUCUAAAUUCAGGGGAGAGAAAAGAAAAACAAAACAAUACCAGCUCCACAUUGGCGAUGUCCUGGCUCUUUUGUAAUCUUGCCUUGCAAUAUGUCUUCUGGAAACUUGUCAUGUGUUAUCUAUAGCUCUGUUAUCUGUAGCUCUCAUAAUGUUGGCAGGGGGCUGUGCCUCCUUUACAUUUUAAUUUAAAGCAACUGACUUACUGGUUCAUACUGGGCUCAUUCCAAAUGUUUAGUUUUUUUAAAGGUAGGCUUUCAUAGUGGAUCCUCUAAAAAAAGAAUUGUCUGUGAAGGUAAAAUGGGGGUAAAGAGAUGGACAAGCCGCAAAAAUUGCACAGUUCUCUGUGGACCUUUAUGCUUUGCAGAAAGGAUAAAAAUGUAAAAUCUAGACUAGUGGUGGGGUGGAGAUGCAGUUUGGACCAAGGAGAUGGUAGUCUCACGUGUAGUCACGAAACAGCACAGUACACUUGCUCUCGACAAAGGGGUGAGAUAGGGCACUCCCGCGUAUCAUAUUCACUCUUAAUUCAUCAGUAACAAGUCCAAUUAAUUUGUCUCUGUCUGUGAGCCAGGAAGAGCCACAGACUGAAAGAGGGAAAAGUCAGAAACUGUUGCUGUACAGUGAGGUUCUCCUCAUGUCACUGUGUCACCACUGUGGUACCAAGCUGGUGUCGGUCAGAGCUUUGCUAAACGCAAAUGCAUCCCAGAAACGACCAGAGACAGGACAAUUGUGUUUUGAUGUGUGUAUUUUCAGUUUGCUAAGACAUCGCAAAUGAUGCCAAAUAAAACACUCUGUAUUUUACAUCUGG